GUGAACGUGACGGACGUGAACGACAACCCGCCGUUCCUGGCGGUGCCGCGGGAGGUGGAGGUGGUGGAGAACGGCAGGGCCCAGGUGGUGGCCCGGGUGAGGCUUGGGGACCCUGACGACUGGCGCCAGGGCCACGGGCCGCCCUUCACCGUAGCCCUCGACCCCAGAGCGCCCCAGCACGUCCUCGACAACUUCAGGGUCACCCACGACAAGAGAGGGGACGAGGGGCGUGGCGUGGGCGUGGUGUGGACGCGGGCGGGGGUAGACAGGGAGGAGCGGCGCUCCCUGCUGGUGCCGCUGGUGGUGGCGGACGCCGGCUGGCCGCCCCUCACCGCCACCGCCACCCUCACCGUCCAUGUGGGCGACCUCAACGACAACCCCAUGACCCCCGCCGCCAAGACUGUCACUGUCCACACCCUCCAGCCACAGGGGAGGCCGGUGCCCCUGGGGAGAGUGUACGUCCAGGACCCCGACGACUGGGACGCCGCCGCCAAGACGUACUCCUGGAGACACCAUCUGUCUGGCUUCUUCCUUGACACCGACACCGGCGACCUCACUAUGGCCCCCGACACUCCUGACGGCCGGUACGAGCUAAGCUUCAAGGUCAACGACGUCAGCCAAGGUCAAUUUGGGGUCAGGGCCAACGUCACAGUCGAGGUGAAGUCCCUAAACCACCAUGACGUCACACACGCCACCCCGCUUACCUUGGCGGUGAACCCCUACCAGCUGGUCAUGGCCAGAGAGGGUGAGGCAUCAAUACUCAGCCAGCUGGAGACGACGGUAGAGGCGUGGGCGGGCAGGAGGAGCAUGGGCGUGCGGGCGGGCAGUGGCAGCAUGGGCACGCGGGCAGUGUCAGUGGAGGCCCUGGGCGGGCACCACACCAUGCCCGCCACAGAGUCGUCACGGGUGUGGCUGGUAGCUCCGGGUGUGCCCAAUCUCGACCACAUCCUCAUGUAUAGGAAAAAUGAGCUGAGCGCCAUUUUAGGAGUCAGUGUGCAAGAGGUCGGCGUUGGGACAUGCCAGGAGGUCGUUCGUACAGUCCCUUUGGAGAACACGUACGAGAACGAGAGCGAGGCCGACUAUGAGGACCUGCGUGUCGUAGCCACCCAGGAGGCCGACGGGUGCGUGGACGGGUGCUGGGUGCGCGCUGCCCUUACUGACGGCUUCAGCAUCAUAGACGCCAACAUCUCGGCGCUAGUGGGACCCAAGAUGGAGGUCCGCACCACCUGCGGUUGUGGACACACCACACCUGCUACCCACGACACCUGCACCCCCUACACCUGUCUGAAUGGUGGCAGGUGCAUUCCAGCAUCCUCAGGUACCAGAUGCAUCUGUCCUCACGGCACCUGGGGUUCUCGCUGUAAAGUGAUCGUUAGGCACUUCGAGGACGACGGUGGAGGGUCAGACUUGGGAAGUAGUGAAGAUGAGGUCGUUACAGUGGGCGGGUGGGCGUGGGUGCCGCCCAUCCCGCCUUGUGCCGAAGUCCACUUGAGUCUGGAGGUACUGACCAGAUCCAUGGCGGCCACGCUGCUGUACUCAGGACCGGACCAGGGGGCACCAACCCCAGGGACCGAAGAGAACACCGCUAGGGACCUGUUGCUGCUGGAGCUGCGUCAGGGCCGUCCGUCUCUCCUGCUGGACCUGGGAGGCGGCCCUGUUACCCUCGACCUCAACGCCUCCUACUCCCUGGCAGACAACACCUGGCACAGGAUCGACCUUAUAUGGAAAGACGAGUUGGUGGAAAUGAUUGUGGACUUGUGCACGGGCAACGGACCAGACGACGUACCACCGCCUCCACCCUCCACCCUCGCCCACAACCACUCCAAGACGAACACCCAUCCCGACGCCCACACUUGUAGAGGGGCGGCCAGACUGCCUCGUGCCGCCCGCGUCCUCAACACAAGUGGACCGCUACAAGUGGGUGGACUGUCACACCCUCUACCAGCAAACACUUUACAAGGGAGUUUCCCACCUUUCUAUGGCUGUCUCCGGAACCUCAGAGUCAACGGCCAG